AAAUUGAAAGUGAUAAUAAAGGUAAAGUAUAUAGAAUAAAAAGAAAUUAGAAAGGUGCAAAACAAAUAAAUAAAUUAAAAACUAAAUUGUAAAUCUUGUGGAAAUCUUGUGAAAAUAAUGUAAAAUUUUCAUAUUUUUUAACUGUGAAUUUUUCUGCAUGCGAAAAUUAUUACUAUUAUGGCAGUGGUAAAUUGUGUAUGGAUGUAGCCUCUAAAAUUUAGUAUUAGGGAAAUGAAUUAAACUAGCAGCAGCAGGUCUAGGCAAUUUUAUUAGUUAUCAUGACAUGACAAGAUUAUGUGAAAAAAUAAUUUGACAUUGAAAAGUAUUUUAAUAAUGAUUGUAGAUUAGUUUUGUGAAAAAAAUUGUAGGUAAUUCUAAAUGAACAAGCAAAUCCAUAGAUGGACAGUAAGUAAGAUGGACAGUAAGUAGAGAGCUUUUUAUGCCCCGACCCUUCAAAUUUUUUUUGUAAUAACUUUUGAAGCAUACAUUAUAGAGGUUGGAAUUUGUUACCUUUUUUACAAUUUUAGUUAAUGGAUCAUCAAAAUUCUUUUAUUUCGGUUGUCCCCUAAUGUGCUAACAAACAUUUGUGUCAAGUUUUGCGCCAAUAUGAUGUCUGCUGGCUUAUCAAUAACGGAAGAACAAUUGCUCUUGCUCACGCAAAGGCUCGCCCAAUUCUGAGGAAUGAGAAACUUGCUGAGCCAUUAAUUGCUCCCCCAAUUCCAAAAAAAAAAAAUUUGGAGCUGAGCAAUAUCAAUUUAUCUCACAUGGAAAUCAAUGUUCUCCUUAUUAUUUACAGUAAAAAACAAAAAUAUAUAAAAAAGAUAAAGUAAAAUAAAAAAAGACUUUGUGAUAAAAUAUGCGUUUAUAUCUAUUCUAUUCUAUUUAUUCAGAUUGCUUGCCCAGUCUAAAUUAUUGUAAUUUUGGGGAAUCGAUUUUUCGCUCGAGUGUUAUUCUCUUAUUGAUAGGCCUUUAUAUCUGCUUUAUUAUUUUUGAAGAGGGUAUUUAUCCUUCCACAGGCUUUUUAUAGCCCCCCAAAAAGGCUUAAAUAAAGUUAACAUUAAUCUUUAUGUUUCCCUUCGAACCACCUUGCUAUUUUUCAUUAUUACAAACUCUCUUCUGUUGUACUUUUUAGGUUUCUUGAGAUUAAAACUCCAACAGAAAUGCAAAAUUUAUUUCACAGAAAAUAAAUUAAUGUAUGCAAGCAAAAUGUGGAAAAUAUAUCCCAGAUGCAGAACUUGACAAUAAUCAAUUUUAAACAUAGAUGGUCCAAAGUUUAACACAACAGUUGUGUCAAUUUAUCAAACAUUUGAGUACAUCAAUGUAUACCAUUAAAAAAAGUUCACAACCCUAUUUAAAAUCUUAAUUCGAAACCCCUAAACAAUUGCCACAUUGCCAAAAAGUCUUUCUUGUCUCAAUGGUUGAAUUUCAGCUUUAAUGUUCAUAAAGUUUUAUUUUAGAUAUAUAAAAAAGGUUAUUAGAAGCGUUUAAUUUGGUGAAUGUGUUAAUGGCAAUGGAAAAGUUGAAACGUAUUCUGUCAAUACAAAGUCAUGUUGUGUCUGGCUAUGUUGGAAACAAGUCUGCAACAUUUCCCUUACAGGUUCUAGGUUUUGAUGUGGAUGCAAUGAAUUCUGUACAAUUGUCUAACCACACAGGUUAUAAAUCAAUUCAAGGUCAAGUUCUACAGGCAGAAGAGUUAAAAGUACUUUUUAAUGGUUUGAAAGAAAAUGAAAUUGAUAUUUACUCUCACUUUUUAACAGGAUAUUGUGGCUCAGAAUCAUUUCUAAAGGAGAUAGUAAAUGUUUUAAAACACCUCAAAUUAAAAAACCCUAACAUAAUAUAUGUGUGUGAUCCUGUUAUGGGAGAUGAUGGGAAAUUUUAUGUUCCUGAAAGUUUGCUGCCGAUCUAUCGUGAUGAACUUGUUCCUCUCGCUGAUAUCUUGACUCCUAAUCAAUUCGAAGCUGAACUUUUAACUGGGGUGGAAAUAAAAACUGAGUCAGAUGCCUGCAAGGCAUUAAAGUUGCUGCACAGCAUAGGAGUUAAAACAGUCAUUCUCACAAGUACAUGUUUAGAGAACGAAGACAGGUUGGUUUUACUGGCUUCACAGCAUGAUAAAAAGGGCCACUAUAUUCGUCUACCGGUUCCACGACUUGAUGAGACCUUUACUGGUACUGGGGAUUUGUUUUCCAGCAUGCUGUUGGCAUGGCUACACGUGCAUCCGGAUAAUCUAAAGCUGGCAUGCGAAAAGACCAUGUCUGCAAUGCAAGCGGUGUUGAAAAAAACGUUGAUGGAAGCGAAUGCUCUUGCUGAAGAAGGAAAGAAACCAUCAGUUGCACAAAAAGAACUUCGUCUAGUUCAAAGCUUAGACAUAAUCCGAAAUCCCGAAGUAACAUUCACGGCUGAAAUUCGAACCUUCACGUAAUAUUUUUUUAUUCUUGCAGAAACUGAGCGUUUAAAAAGUUUAAAUGAAAUUAAUUAAAAUUUCAGUAGGAUUAAUUUUGAACGAUUUUACACUUCAUCCAAACAUAAUGCAUUUAUUAAUAUCAAAUAUUUAAAACAUUUACAUUUAUCUUGCCAAUUUUGUUAACACAAUUUUAACACAAAAUUAUAUUUUUAAAAAUUUAAAUAAAAGAUUAUAAAAUUGUAAUACAAAAUUAUAUUUUAUUUUUUAUUAUUUUGUUUGCAACAAUGCUAUACUUUUAACUCUUCUAAAUGUUUUUGCAACUUUAAUAUCUCAUAGCUAGAAUUUUGCCUCUGGAAAGUAUUGCUGUUUAUCACUGUCUUAUGCUUGCUAUCACACUGUUUAUUAUUCCGUUUUUAAAACGGAUAAUGGCAUUUAUGUGUCAUAAAACCAAUUAUCCUUGUAAGUUUAUAUUUGUGUGUGGCGUUAAAAGUGGUAGCUAUUAAUUGUAUAUACACGACAGUUUGAGAGUGGGAAAAAAACAAAACAAAUAAUAAAGGUCUAAGUACAAAUAGAAAAAAUAGCAAUGUUAUAUUGAUAAUAAUAUUUACGAAAAAAGUCUUGGAUUUUUAUCAUU